AUGAGUUACUUCCUGGCCUAUUGCAAAGCACACUGCAGUACUGUGCUCUCCCAGUACCAAAUGCUUAGAGCCGAAGGCUUGAUGUGUGAUAUUUUACUGAAGGUGAAGGAAAAUGAGUUUCCUGCACACAAGUCCCUGCUGGCCUGCUCCAGUGAUUAUUUCAGAGCUAUGUUCAAAAGCUACACAAAAGAAUCCAAAGCCAGUGUUAUUCAUCUACAAGUCAUCUCACCUACUGGUCUCCAGCAUGUCCUGGAUUUCAUUUAUACCUCCUGGUUGCCCCUUUCUUUUGAGAAUCUGGAGGACACCCUGGAAGCUGCCAGUUACUUGCAAGUGACUGAGGCUAUUGGCCUGUGCAAUCAGUACUUGGUUAACAACCUGACCCUGGAAAACUGCUGUUUUUCUGCCAACAUUGCCACCAAGUUCUAUCUUCCAGAUGCUUUGUCAGUGACAGAAACAUACAUCAUCAGUAAUCUCUGGAAACUUUUAGAGUUGCAUUUCAUGGAGCUGCUCUUACUGAACUUCAGAUCGUUGAUGGCAGUGGUAGAAUCCCCUGAUGUCCCUAUGGUGAACGAAUCCUGCCUCCUGAAUCUAGUGCUCAUCUGGCUGAAGCAUGAUAAAUCCAGGUUGAUUCACAGAAACAACCUAUUAGAACAUAUAAGAUUUGGUCUCAUCCCAGUGGAAGAUCUGAGAAAAGUCUACACUCAGUCAGAAGUGUCUCUCACGACUCCUAUUAAAUGCUUGAUCAUAAAAGCAAUAAACUACCAUUCGCUAGUUUUUAAACAGCCCAUCCUGCAGGAUAAGUAUAGCACCCUGAGAAACCAGCAAACGCGCAUCAUCCUGUUAGGAGGAGGGACUUCCAAUGAUGGACUGGUCAGCGAUGUGAUGGCCUUUGAUGUUUACAAUCACAAAUGGAGAACUCUAACGCAGGUGCAGGACAGAGUACAGAAUCACUGCAUGUGUGUGAUUGGAAACUACCUGUAUGUGCUGGGUGGGGAAACAGCAGAUUUGCAAAGUGACAUGAAAAGCACCAGCUUGUCAGUUACAAACAAGGUCCAUCGUUAUGACCCAAGAUUUAACAAGUGGACCCAAAUCACAGAAAUGCUUGAAAAGAGAUGCCAGUUUUCUUGUUGCAUCCUAGACAACAAGAUCUUUGCAAUUGGUGGGAGAGGCGAGACCGGAUCACUGCAUUCAUCUGUUGAAGUCUACAACAUUAGCAGAGACAGAUGGACAAAGGCUACAGAAUUGCCAUGCAAGAUGCAUGGCCAUGCCAGUACAGUUUGCAAGAACACGAUCUACAUCUCAGGUGGCAAAUACACAGAUCAAACCAACACAAGUAAGGAUGUGUUCUCUUUGAGCAGUUUGGAAGGACAGUGGAGAAAGCAAGCCUCCAUGAGCAUUGCUCGAUUUGGACACCAGAUGGCAACGAUCAGAGAGGCCAUCUUCACAUUUUUAGGACUGUAUGAACCAUUCUCUGAAAUAGAAAGGUACGACCCUGCCCCAAACCAGUGGACUCGCUUAAAGCCAUUGGUCUAUGACCGAUUUUGCUAUGGUCUGACUGUGGUAGAGGAAACAGCACUUCUCAUUGGGGGAAAGAAAUGGCAAGACUCCCAUGAGGUGCCAACCCAAGAUGUGGUGGGUUAUGAUAUAGAUAAUGACUGCUGGGAAGAGAUUUGCAAACUUCCCUUCCCUUGGUAUGGAUUGCAGUGUGCAGUGCUACAACUCUCAGAACUGGCAGAAACUAAGGACACCCAAUAA